AUGCCCGCCAAGCUUGAGGACGUUCAGAAAGAUGCCAUCGCCUCCAUUGCGAGCGUGAGCACGCUUCUGCGAAAUGCUAUCGCCGCUGCCCUUCCAGUUGCGCCGGAGCAGUAUUUGACCGUUGCGAUUCCCGGAACGGUAAUCGACCUGGCCGAUUAUGACAAAGGGGGCUCUUUUGUCUAUGAUGCCAAAUACACAACUACGCCAACAACUGUCAGACAGUCCGAGGCCAGUCUGGUCGAUGGCAUGAUGCCCGUUGCAACGAUUAUGAUUGGAAACACGGGCAAGAGCGUUGCCCGCAGCUAUUCGCGCUCGCUUGACGCAUUGCUCCCGGCCAAGGCCACGAUCUCUAGUGCAGAUGGCAUCAGGAGCCCUGGAAACCCUAAUUACGACAAAGCCAUGAAUUUUCUCAAGACCGCAGCACCAGGGUCCACGAGAACUGUUGUCGAAGUCUACCGCGAUAAGCAAAUGGCGUGGGCAAAGGAACGGUCUGCUUGGGACACGGCCAAAAUCGAUGCUGCAAAGCGAGCCGCGGAAAUGUACCCUCCCGGAUCUGGCCCCGACUUUAUCGGCAAGCAGAAGCAGUAUCUGAAUGAUUGGAACCAGCAAAACUACUUUACCUUUAAGGCCAGCAUACAAGCCGCUUGGAUGGAUUGGGUUGUCAAUGGUCAAAAAUACGACGUGGACUUCAACUUUGGCAUGAUCGACAUCGAUUCGAUCAUGAGCCGCAUCGAAUCCAGCAAAGAAUCCCUGCGAAACUCGACGAUUCCCGACGCCAACGGCGCUGCUGAGGUCUACGGCGUCAGUCUUACACCCCGUCGGUGGGCCACCUACUGCAAACGCAAAGCCGAGGGCUGGUAUGAGCGUAACGGGAGCUAUACCCUGGCCCAGCUCGAUCGCGAGAUCGCCAGACUUGAGAACCCGUGGACCACCAUCACGUUUUCCUACUCAGCCUCUGAUGUAUCAAAUCAUUCGAAAGAGUCUGAGUGGGGUAUGAAGGUCGGAGGUUCGGUGGGUUUUGGGCUCUGGUCAGUCGGGGGGUCCUAUUCCCACGACGAGUCCCACAAGUCUAUGCAGAGCGAUAUGGCAGCCUGCGACGUUAGCGUUUCUUUCUCGGCCCUCGUCGUGAACAUUAACCGCCCGUGGCUGUAUGGUGAGCUCUUCAGCGACGUCGACCUCGAGGUCGCAGAGGGAGUCAAGCUCAGCCCCGGUCCACUUCUUCUUCAGCAGAUGAUCAAGGACCAGAAGGCCGAGGAUAUUGCCAUGUGGAGCCAGUUUCCGUCUUACCCAACAUCGUUCAUCGUCGCCGCCGACACCACCAUUGAGUUCAGAGGUGCAACGAAGCACAUAGAAGAGCACUUUGAUUCACACAGUAACUCAGGCGGUGCAUCAGUCGGCUAUGGGCCCUGGUCGGUGACGAGCAGCUUCCAUGAAUCUGCCACAGAGCAGAGUAUGCAAGUUCAUUCGACUGCUACAGGUUGCAAGAUCAGCUUUGGUGCGCCACAGGUCAUUGCUUGGGUGAGCCAGAUCCUGCCGCCUCUGCCACGAGACCAGAGCUUCAAUCCUCUCACACAGGGAGGUGGAAUUCCGGUACCUUCAGGAAGUGUGUAA